AUGUCUAUCCCUGCCACCAUGAAAGCUGCUGUAAUUGAUGGUGACCACCUUACCGUUAAGGAGGUCCCAGUCCCAGAAGUCAGAGACGGUAUGGUCUUGAUCAAGACCAGAGCUGUUGCUGGUAAUCCAACUGAUUGGAAGCACAUUGUUUCUAAGAUUGGCCCACAAGGUUCCAUCUCCGGUUGUGAUGUCAGUGGUGAGAUUGUCAAGAUCGGUGCCAAUGUUGACACUUCCAAGUACAAGAUUGGUCAGAAGGCCUAUGGUUUGACCCAUGGUUCUUCUGUCAAGCACCCAGACAAUGGUGCCUUUGCUGAGUACUCCUUACUUGACCCAAAGAUUGCCUAUUUCCCAAACCAGGAUAUCACCAUGAGUGGUAAGGAUACCAUUCCAGAAGGCACCGUCAAGUACUUUGAAGAUGGUGCUAGUUUCCCAGUCUCCCUAACCACUGCUGGUGCUGUUCUUCACUCUAACUUGGGCCUUGACUUGAAAUGGGAGCCAAGCGAACCUCAGAGAGACCACCCAGUUCUAUUUUGGGGUGGUGCCACUGGUGUUGGUCAAUUGUUGAUCCAAGUGGCUAAGAAGAUCCAUGGAUUCACCAAGAUUGUCACUGUUGCUUCCAAGAAGCACGAAGCUCAAUUGAAGACCUACGGUGCAGAUGAAGUCUUCGACUACCACGAUGCAGAUGUCAUUGAGCAAAUCAAGAAGAAAUACCCAGACUUGCAAAUCGUAGUCGACUGUGUCUCCAACGAAAACACCAUAAAACAAGUCUACAAGUGUGCCACCGAGUCCAAGUCUGCUACCAUUGUGCAAUUGACACAUUUGUCCAUAAAGGAUAUCCCAGAAGAGGACAGAAGAGACAACAAGACCAUCAUCGGUAGUAUGCUGUACUUGGCCACCGGUGAAGACGUCCCAUUCGGUCCGGUACACCUGCCAGCUGAUCCUAAGUUCAGAAAAGAUGUCGAGGAAUUUGUCGCUUUCAUCAACCCAAGAAUCAACGAAGGAAUCAUCCACCACAUCCCAAUUAAAAUCUAUAAGAACGGUCUAGACGACGUCCAACAGAUCCUAGACGACAUCAAAUUCGGCAAGAACUCCGGUGAGAAAUUGGUUGCCAUCCUAAACUAA